CGUUUGGUUAAGCAUGAGAUUGAAGUGGAAACUACUGAGGUAUAGAAAUUAAAUUCCUCCAUUUUGUAGGUAGUGAAAUUUCUGUACGGAAUGGUACUGACACCGUUAUGAUUUAGACAAGAUUGUGCCAGAUUGGCAGAUUGUCACUUUCCUAGCUACAACCUCCAUUAUCGGCCUUAUCUCCAUAACGAACUAUAUUCAUAGCCACAUUGAUAGAUGCUUUCGACCAUGUAGGCACCUACUGGACUUACAUGCCACCGAUAGGUGGCACUAGCUUGGUUGUUUUUCUAUUACCCAAGCAUGAUUCAUUUCUAAGGUACGAUCUUUAUCUACUCUCUCUUUCUCUCUCAAACACUCUCUCCUUUCUUUUUCUUGUCAUCAAUUGCUAACUUUAGAAUCGAAUCGGUUAUCCCCGAAUAAUUCCCCGAGCUAGCUACUCCACGUUGACUGUGUAAGAAUUCAAUUGGACGAUAAACCUUUACCGACUCCAGACACAAGUUACCGGAGCUCACACGGAACAAUUCCUACUUCCCAUGAUUUUGCUAACCAAAUAGCACAAAAGAAUAUGUUUUAAUUUUUUGGUCAACCAAAUGACACCUAAGAAGAAUAUUUAGAGAGGGAUUAUUUAUUUUUAAUUUUAAUUUUUGUAUAUAUAAUUGGUAUAGAAAAUAAUAUAGAAUUGUGGUUUUGUUAACCCUCUUUCUCCUAUAGUCAACUGUUAACCCUUUGAUAUAACUAACAGUUAGUUAGCUUCUUCUUUUUUCUUUAUCCUAUACAUUGAUUGAACUACUGGCCUUGUUUCAAAGCCAUAGAAGAACAACCAUUGCAAUCCCAAAAUCCUGCCGCCCUCAUCAAUUUCAUUCUUUUGUCUUUACAUAGCGAAAACAACCCAGUCUUGCUAUAUAUAUACAAGCAUAUGCUAGAAGUUCAUACUUCAAAAUCAAUUAUAUGUUGUAAUCAAAUUUAAGCUAAUCAGAAUGCCAGAUUUCUUUGUUAUGUAAAAUUAAAGAAAAAAUCAUCAGACUGUCAGAAAAUUUCAUAAAUUCAAUCAUGUUAAAAGGACAGUUGCAAGUCCUAAACGCGCUUGAUGUGGCUAAAACACAAUGGUAUCAUUUCAAAGCCAUUGCGAUUGCGGGUAUGGGCUUCUUCACAGAUGCAUAUGAUUUGUUCUGCAUCUCUAUGGUGGCAAGACUGCUAGGGCGUUUGUACUACACUGCACCUGGCGCGGAGAAGCCAGGGAUCUUGCCUAUCAAUGUCUCAGCUGCUGUGAAUGGGGUCGCGCUUUGUGGCACCUUACUUGGACAGCUUUUCUUUGGUUGGCUUGGAGAUCAUAUGGGAAGAAAAAAGGUGUAUGGUACUACUUUAAUAUUGAUGAUCUUUUCUUCGUUUGCUUCGGGACUGUCAUUUGGGAAGACUCCGAAAGGGGUGAUGACUAGUCUUUGUUUUUUUCGAUUUUGGCUUGGGUUUGGUGUUGGAGGAGAAUAUCCUCUUUCGGCCACUAUCAUGUCUGAGUAUGCUAACAAGAAGACUCGUGGGACAUUCAUUGCCGCGGUCUUUGCAAUGCAAGGCAUGGGGAUUUUAGCUGGUGGGAUAGUGGCCUUAUUAGUCUCAGCAGCCUUUGAAAACAAGUUUAAACCACCCCCUUUUAAUGUAGACCCUAUUGCCUCUAUUCCACCGGAAUCAGACUUUAUUUGGCGAAUUGUCUUGAUGUUCGGAGCCAUUCCUGCUAUCUUUACGUAUUAUUGGCGUAUGCAGAUGCCUGAGACAGCUAGGUACACUGCCCUUGUGGCUAAGAACUCGAGACAGGCUGCUGAAGAUAUGUCAAAAAUUCUCAACAUUCAUUUGGAUGCAGAGGAAGAGAAGGUUGAUAAACUACUCCGAAGUGAGAGUCACCAGUUUGGGCUAUUCUCACGUGAGUUUGCUAGCCGGUAUGGUGUCCGCCUCCUAGGAACCACCAGUACUUGGUUCUUACUCGACAUAGCUUUUUACAGUCAGAACCUCUUUCAAAAAGAUAUCUACUGGUCUGUAGGAUGGAUCCCGCCCACAGGUGAGAUGAGUGCCAUCAGGGAGGUUUACCAAAUAGCCCGAUUUUCAACCUUGAUUGCUCUUUGUGGGACUGUCCCAGGGUACUGGUUCACUGUCGCCUUCAUAGACGUAAUUGGACGUUGGUGGAUCCAAAUGAUGGGAUUCUUUUUCAUGACAGUUUUCAUGUUCGCCAUUGCCUUUCCCUAUGAUCAUUGGAAUAACAAAGAACAUCGUAUUGGUUUCUUAAUCUUAUAUGGUCUAACCUUCUUCUUUGCCAACUUUGGUCCGAAUGCUACCACCUUUGUUAUACCAGCCGAGAUAUUCCCAGCUAGGCUUAGGUCCACUUGCCACGGUAUAUCAGCAGCAUCAGGAAAAGCAGGGGCUAUAAUUGGAGCCUUCGGGUUCUUGUACGCCUCACAAGAGAAAGACCCGGAGAAGAGAAUUCAUAAUUAUCCAGCUGGUAUAGGGAAGAAGAAGUCCCUCAUCAUUCUUGGUGUCAUCAACUUUAUUGGUAUGUUAUGCACAUUCUUAGUCCCUGAACCAAUGGGUAAAUCUCUUGAAGAACUUGCUGGAGAUGUUGAAAUUGAUGACGCUGAAUAUGAGUGCAAAGUUGUUGUUUGAUUAUUACUUGUAAUUAAAAUACUAA